AUGGGACGGGGACUGCUAUCCGCGCUUGCCACGUGUCUCAAUGCGGUUGGCGGAGUGGGGGACGAGGCGGAGGAGGGGCGGGCGGACGAAGAGGAGGCGGAGGAGGAGGAGGAGGCGGAAAGGGGGCGAGGAGAAACAGAAGAGGAAGAGGAGGGACGAGAGGAGGGGGAGGAGGAAGUGGAGGGGGAGGAAGAGGAGGGGGAGGAGGAAGUGGAGCGGGAGGAAGAGGAGGGGGAGGAGGGGGAGGAGGGGGAGGAGGGGGAGAGGGGAAUGAUCCCCGCCAGUUGGAGCAGCAUUCUUCGUCGUCUAGUGGCCAGCCGCCUUCUCACUGUCAGCUGUUGCUUGGAACCUUCCUGGGACAGGAACCGGUCCGCUUCCUGUGGAUGUGAUUGUAUAGGAAGGGGAGGGGAGUAG